AUGGCCGCUUUGGCUGAGCAGCCCUACAACGGCCUGUUCGCACAACAGCAACGUACGGACGAUUACACCAAUUAUCCUGAACCCCCACAGAACGCCUUUGGAUCUGCUUCUCCAAUGACCGUUGGUGUCACGUACCCUCCUAGCACAACGUCAAUGGGCUUUGAGCCCUCGCUAUACGCCGAGACGCCGAACUACAUUCUCAGGGGCCACACGUCUCCUGGUGUGUAUCCAGAGGACGGUGACAUAAGACUGUCGUCCUCUGGUCUGUCCUCUGGUUCCCUUCCCUCAGCGCCAUCUUCAGCAGUCGGUUCACCACAGUCGAGCAACGGACACUUGGGUGUGACUGACUGGACCGGUCACACAAUGAACAUGCAACCCAGCAUCGUCGGGAGUGACUAUAUGGCCGCCCCCGAGUACUUUCAUGGCUCUGGAGUGGAGGAUUUCAGCAGCUUUGACUUUGGCGGACAGCCAAAAUCUUUUGUUGGUAAGUAG